UGUAUAUCGCCUCGCCGCUUACUUCCUUCUCUUCCAUCCUCCUCCCAAAUUACCCUAAUUAGGGUUCCUCCCCACGAUCUAAUCCAAGCCUCCGACGAUGAUGCAGCCGGCUAGCUCCAUGGUUCCUCCUCCCAUGGCUCCUCCGCCGCAAUACCAGCAGCAACCACCGCCGCAGCAUCCGUCUCAGCAGUGGAUGCCGCAGCAGCCGCAGUACCAGGUUCCUCCGCCGCAGCAACCUCCGGCCGCCGGGUACUACUAUCAGCAAGCGCAAGGUCAGGCCCCCGCUGUUCCGCCGCAGCAUCCGCAGCAGUACGCUGCGGCGCCGGCGGCUCAGCCCCAGGCGAUUGCGGAGGAUGGAAUUCGGAGUCUGUGGAUCGGAGAUCUGCAAUACUGGAUGGACGAGCAGUAUUUGUAUAGCUGCUUUGGCACCGCUGGCGAGGUGGUCUCUGCUAAAGUUAUCCGCAACAAGCAAUCUGGUCAGUCAGAAGGUUAUGGCUUCAUUGAAUUUUCUAGUCAUGCUGCUGCGGAAAGGAACCUGCAGACAUAUAAUGGCGCCCUAAUGCCAAAUGUUGAGCAAACCUUCAGAUUGAAUUGGGCAUCCAUGGGUGCUGGUGAAAAACGUGAUGAUGGUCCUGAGUACACAGUUUUUGUUGGAGAUUUGGCAUCUGAUGUCACUGAUUAUAUGCUUCAAGAAACAUUUAGAGCAAAUUAUCCUUCAGUAAAAGGGGCGAAGGUUGUAACAGAUAGAGUCACAGGGCGCACAAAGGGCUAUGGAUUUGUGAGGUUUGGUGAUGAAAGUGAACAGAUGCGUGCCAUGACUGAGAUGAAUGGAAGGUUCUGUUCCAAUAGGCCCAUGCGAAUUGGCCCAGCUGCUAACAAACAAAAAGUUGGCGGCGGUCAGACCAAAGCUGCAUACCAGACUUCACAAGGAACUCCAAGUGAGGAUGAUCCAACUAACACCACUAUCUUUAUUGGGAAUUUGGACCCCAAUGUUAACGACGAGCUUCUAAGGCAGGUGUUUGGACAACAUGGGCAGUUGCUCCAUGUAAAGAUACCUGUAGGCAAACGAUGUGGUUUUGUCCAAUAUGCUGAGAGAAGCUGUGCUGAAGAGGCACUUCGUGUGCUAAAUGGGACACCGUUGGGAGGACAGAGUAUUCGUCUUUCAUGGGGACGUAGCCCUUCAAACAAACAGCCUCAGGUUGACCCGAACCAGUGGAGUGGUAGUGGUAGUGGUAGUGGUAGCGGGUAUUAUGGAUAUGCUCCUGGAUAUGAAACCUACGGAUAUGCUCCAGCAGCACAGGAUCCAAAUAUGUACUAUGCAGGAUAUCCUGGAUAUGCGAACUACCCACCACAACAGCAACAGCAGAUGAUGCAACAACCACAGUGAUCUGUGUUAAUCAAAGGAUGCACGCAGCUUCUGGAUGCAGCAGCAGCAGUGGAGAUUAUCAAAGAUGGCUGUUGGUUAAGUGUGAUUAUAGCAGUUACCGAAUAUGUUCAAGACUCCUUUCGGCUAGAUAGUGUUUUCGACUGGAUGAGUAGUUGAUCUUAAUUUGGCUCUGUUUUUCUUCAAACUUGUUUCCCUCUUUUGUAAUCUGAUCGGAUUUAUCUCUUUCUUAAUUUCAUGUCUAUUUUGUGCCUGCA